AAGACGCUGCCGGUUCCUGCCUCGCGCCCUUUCCCACAGUCUGUCUUUCUGCGCACUCUCUCAUCAGGGCUCCAUGGCACGCAAGGGUGACAGUGGUGCUCAUCUCCAAAGUUUCACGCUCAUGGAGCCGGAGAGUGAGAGCGCGCUGGUCCGGUCUAUUUACUACGGUAAAAUCGGUAAGGGGAAAACGGAAAGGUUGCUGGAGAGGCAUGGUAGAGAGGGGAGCUUUCUCCUGCGGGACAGUGAGAGUCUGCAGGGAAUGUAUUGCCUCUGCGUGAGAAAGACACCGUACGUCCACACUUACAGAAUCCACCACUCCUCUGAAGGAUGGACACUUCAGUUAUCUCCUGGGCAGAUGCUGCAGUGUUUCAGGACUCUGGAGAAGCUGAUAGAGAACUGCAGAGAGGGGGUCGGUGCUGACAGCAUACCUCCGCUCACACACCCCCUGGACAAAACACAGCUGAGAGACGAGAGGCUGCGGAGCGAGACGGCCUAUAUGGAAAUGUGAAGUGGGACGACUUGUACAUGUGUGUGUGUGUGUGUGUUUGUGUGUACAUGUGUAUUCAAUUUAACCUUUAGGAGACAAUGCUUUUGUUGUUUACAAAAGUGCACCUGUUUAUGUCUGUUGUUCCACAACUAGGCAUGUGGUUUCCCAUGGAGGGAUGCAUUGGCGUGUGUGUGUGUGUGUGUGUGUGUGUGUGUGUGUGUGUGUGUGUGUGUGUGUGUGUGUGUGUGUGUGUGUGUGUGUGUGUGUGUGUGUGUGUGUGUGUGUGUGUGCGUGCGUGCGUGCGUGCGUGUGUGUGCGUGUGUGUGAGUUUGCAUGUUUAUAUGCAUACAUGUGGACCAAUUCUGCCAUAAGUGCACACAAAGACAUUAAAACUGCCAUCUGCCAUGGUCUUUCUCUCUAUGUAUAAUGUACAUUAUAUGACUCACGUUAAACGGAUAUGUUACUGAUGAAGAUUUUAUUAGUGAAAAGGCUGCCAUUGCAAAUAAGAAUGUGCUCUUCAUUGACUUAGGGAACACUGUUAAAAAAGUGGACAAAUCCAAAACAGAGGCUUAAAUGCAAAUAUAGACAUGAUUUUUUGGGAGAUAAUGUCUUUAUUGACUUGCCUGGUUAAAUAAAUGUUAAACAAAUACAAAUAUUUAAAAAAUUCAAUUUUUAUUGUUUUGGUAUUAAAGGCAUAUUCCUUUCUUAA